AUGGCGGACUGGAAGUUAACAGUAAGCUAUAACUAUAAUCCAUCUUACCACGCCUAUGCUUAUGGCCUCAUGUAUCCCCAGGGUUCUGAACAAACCCAUCAGAAUUUGAGUUGGACAGAGGCCGUAUACAACCAGUCCAGUGGGAUAUCUGGAGGUUACUACUCUUCUCAACCGACUCAGCAAUCACCGCCCCGUAGUCCUGAGGACGUCGCUCAGAACAACGAACACUAUCCUGGAUCUCCUCUGUAUUUUACCGACUCUCAGGCGCACACACAGAAUGGUCGACUUUUCAUCUCCAACAACCACAGUCAGUACGAUCAACUAACGAAGGAGACGGAGCUUCCGAAUAGCGAUACCCAAAGUGAUUCGGAAGCCCACACACCAGACUCAUGGAGUUCGGCGAGUAGCAGAGAAAGCUGUGUCCCCCAAACCAACACUAGUGUCCCCGUCUGGGGGAAGAAAGACGGAAGCGACGAAACAGAUGGUGGUAGCCCUGAAAGCAGCGAGUCCGUCUCCAGUUCAGUCUCGGUUAAAGAGUACGACCCAACAAGUGUGGUUUUGGGUACCAACACUUUACCUCCGACACCUUCAGUGGUCCCAUCACCCCCCGAAAAAGCAGCAACCGGGCGCCCUAAGCCUAAACUGCGUACCGCUUUCUCAGAGGAGCAGAUGAACGCGCUGAUCUGCAGAUUCAACAUGCAGAGGUACCUGACCCCUCCUGAGAUGAGGACCCUCGCUGACCUGACGGGGCUUUCCUACAAACAGGUGAAAACUUGGUUUCAGAAUCGCCGCAUGAAGCUAAAGAGACACCAGAAGGACAAUAGCUGGGUGUCGGAAAGGUUCCCAAACAAUGGUUACCCAAACAUCUCAACCCAACAAACUCUGUUACAGAACGAGGCCCAUAGGCUGAUUCGAGACCCAUACUCCAACCAGCAAAUGAGAGAUGCUUUUUUGAAGAAGAGCCCUCCACAGACCCCCUUUUACCUCAACUACCCACGGCCACUCUCUCCUCCCCAAGUUCCCACGCGACCCCAAGCGAACUGGCCCCUGCCCCCAGCUGUGACGCACUAUGAUUACCCCAACCCUGCUGGCUACGGCAACAACACUAGCAUAAACGUUGAUGACUGCAGCACCACGGACCCAAACACAAGCCCUGAACGUUUGACUGCAGUGCAUAGUGCCACCCAGUGGUCAUCUUAA